AUGACCAGAACUGACCGGAUGGGGUGUGGAGGUUCAAAAUCAGGAAAACAUAAGCACAGUGAACAAGACGACGGAAUGAGGGACGAGUCGAUUAACGAACACCUGACUGACAGACAAAUACACCUAGUGAGGGAUAGCUGGGGUCUUAUACACGACUCAUCUUUUAUGGAAGUAGGACUGUCCAUCUACACCAGUUUCUUCCGCUCAGUUGAGAACGAGAUCCUUGUUCUUUUCCCGCGUGUGAUCCGGACUGAGGAUGGCGGGGAGAGUCUGGGUGUAGAUGAGGACAUGCUCAAGGCCCACGCAAUGCGCGUGAUGGAAGGACUGGACACUAUUGUCACGUACCUGGACGAGCCCGCCAAGCUGCGAACGUAUUUAGAGUACCUUGGGAAACAGCAUCACAACAGCAAUGUUAAAGUCCGGAUGUUAGAACGACUGUGGCCUUGUAUUGAUGAAAGUUUCAACGCUACCCUCGGGGACGUUUACCUAACAGAUGUUCGGAUAGCCUGGCGAAACGUGAUCGAGUACGUCAUCUCCAAAAUGACUAAUAUCAUGACACAGGAAAUGAAUAAGCAACGGACUGCGCAUGUCAAUGGAAACGGAACUUUGUCAGUCACGUGA